GGCAUUGAGCAGUGAAAAUGAGGCAAGAUAAUGUGUUUGUUGGAACACUUCCCACACUCCCUUUCCUCUUUUGAUUUCACUUGCCUUGUAAGCAAAAUAUAGUCCAACUUGAUCAAAGCCCAUCCAUUUAUUUUGCGCAGUUACAGAAACGGACUACAAAGAAAAUAAUUCCUCCGUCUCCUAGUCAAUUUUACCUUCCUAGUUCUAACCAUGUUCAAGAAUAUUCACUUAUUAUACUUCACUUUACUGUUGAUUUUCUUUAUUCUUGUGCCAACACAAUCAGCGCCUGAAAGUGCAGUGAUUACAGAGAUUCCAGGUUUCAGUGGCACUUUCCCUUCCAAACAUUAUUCUGGAUAUGUGACCAUCGAUGAAGUUCACGGGAAGAAAUUGUACUACUAUUUUGUUGAGUCUGAAAGAAAUCCAUCCAAGGAUCCUGUUGUUCUUUGGCUUAAUGGUGGACCUGGGUGCUCCAGCUUUGAUGGUUUUGUUUAUGAGCAUGGUCCCUUCAAUUUCGAGGCAGGAAAACCGCGUGGUAGCCUGCCCACCUUGCAUCUCAAUCCAUACAGCUGGUCCAAGGUAUCCAACAUUUUAUAUUUGGACUCUCCUGCUGGUGUUGGAUUGUCUUACUCAGGAAAUAAAUCUGACUAUAUCACAGGAGAUUUGAAGACCGCCUCCGAUUCCCAUACAUUUCUCCUCAAGUGGUUUGAGCUCUACCCGGAAUUCCUAUCCAACCCGUUUUAUAUAGCUGGAGAAUCAUAUGCUGGAAUAUAUGUGCCAACCCUGGCCUAUGAAGUAGCUAAAGGAAUUGAUGCUGGUACAAAGCCCAUUCUCAAACUGAAGGGGUACAUGGUGGGAAAUGGAGUUGCUGAUGACGUGAUUGAUGGCAAUGCUCUUGUACCAUUUGUACACGGGAUGGGUCUCAUCUCCAAUGAACUUUUUGAGGAAGUCAAUGCUGAUUGCCAAGGGAACUAUUAUCAUCCAGUGAGUGAUAACUGUGAAAAUAAGCUCGCCACAGUUGAAAAAGAAAUCAAGGAUUUAAACAUAUAUGAUAUUCUUGAACCCUGCUAUCAUGACACACAAAGUAAAAUCACACUGGGUAACGAGAAGUUACCACUGAGCUUCAGAAAGUUAGGUGAGACUGAGAGGCCUCUACGCGUGAGAAAAAGAAUGUUUGGGCGUGCCUGGCCACUAAGAGCACCUGUAAGAGAAGGACUUGUCCCUACUUGGCCACAGCUUCUCAGUAGUGAAAGCGUCCCGUGCAUUGAUGAUGAAGUUGCAACUUCAUGGCUGAACGAUGAAGCAGUUCGGAAAGCAAUUCACGCUGAAAAUGGAAAUGUGAUAGGAAACUGGGAGCUGUGUACAGACAAAAUAAGAUUUUAUCACGAUGCUGGAAGCAUGAUCAAAUAUCACAAGAACCUCACAUCUCGAGGAUAUCGAGCGCUCAUAUACAGUGGGGAUCAUGAUAUGUGCGUCCCAUUUACUGGAAGUGAAGCUUGGACAAAGUCGGUUGGAUACAAGAUUGUCGAUGAAUGGAGGCCUUGGCACGUAAAAGACCAAGUUGCUGGGUACCUUCAAGGUUAUGAAAACGAUCUCAUCUUCCUCACCAUUAAGGGAGCUGGACACACGGUACCAGAGUACAAACCGCAUGAGGCAUUGGAAUUCUACACACGCUGGCUAGAGGGCCAAAAAAUUUAAACAAUCAGGUUAUCUUCGAGACAGAAAUAGUUGUGGAAGUAGAAUCAAUUCUCAAUCUUUUAUCAUCUUGGUUGGGAAGGAAAGAGGGAGACACUGACAAUAAGAUGAUUCAGAAAAAUACAGGGAUUUAUUGACGUUUAGGGAACAAUGAAUUUCCACAAAUUUUAUGAUUUUAAACA